AUGUCAGCGCUGUCUUUUGAGUCCCUCUGCUUAAAAGAGAAUGAUUGUCCAUCCCCAACUCAACGGCAGGCCUCGGAGGAUGAGUUUGAAACAGACUUGGAGUCGGAUGAAAAAGAGGAGAGCAACCAGGAGACGUCUAUACCUGAAGUGUACCUCCAGGCCUGCAAGCUGGUGGGUGUAGUGCCAGUCUCCUACUUUAUACGAAACUAUGAUUCUACAACCAUGGCCCUCAGCCACCAUGGGCUGGGACCUUUGGGGUGCAAGGCUCUUGCUAUUGCUUUAGUGGCCGAUAUGCAUAUCAACACUCUGGAACUGGCAGACAAUCACAUUCAAGCGGACGGAGCCAAAUACCUUGUGGAGAUGCUGAGGGCUAAUUUCACUAUGCAGCACCUGGAUUUGUCCGACAACUAUCUGCAGUCUGCAGGAGCUGAGCAUGUGGCUACAUUUUUGCUGGACAACAUUUCAUUAAAAUCCAUUAAACUUUCAGGAAAUGGAUUUACUGAUGAUGAUGCAAAAUAUUUUGCAGAUGCCCUAUCUACCAAUUCCAGACUAAAGGAGCUAGACCUGAGCCAUAAUGAGUUUUGUGGAAAAGGAGGGGAACAUUUGGGUCAACUGUUGGCAAACAACGAGGGUCUUGAGGUGCUGGAUCUUAGCUGGAACCAUCUGAGAAUGAAAGGGGCCGUGGCUCUUUGUGCUGGACUCAAGGUGAAUAUGAUGUUAGCACAACUCGACUUAUCAUGGAAUGGUUUUGGUAAUGAGGGCGCUCUGGCCAUGGGAGAGGCCCUAAAAUUCAACAACACUCUGGUGCACCUCAACCUCAACAACAACCGCAUCACAAAUGAGGGUGUCGGCAUGCUGUGCAGGGGUCUUGAGUUCAAUGACACACUCCGAGUCCUACUGCUGGAUAACAACUCUUUAACAGUAGAGGGAGCACUGGCCCUGGUUAACGUGGUGAAGAACACACCUAGAACUGCCUUGGAGGAGAUCAAUAUACGUAAUGUGCUGGUAAAUGAGACAUUCGUGCAUCUGUUGGAGGUUACAUGUCAGGAGCAUCCCGGUCUGGAUGUACAGUUUGGAGGAGUAGGUGGAUACAUUGCCAAGAAGCCACCAAAACGUGUUGAUCCUAUGAAGGUCAUCCAGGAUUAUUUGGAUCAACGCAAGCUACGCCUGUGGGAUUUCUUUAGGAACAUUGACAAAGAUGGCACAAUGAGAGUCCCCGUCGCCGACUUCAGGAAGGCGGUGCAGCAAUCAAGUAUUCCUUUGGAUCGAUACCAGAUUGAGGAGCUGAUUCAGAGACUUGAUCGUGACAGGACAGGAAUGGUAGACUACAGGGGACUGGCGGAUACAAGGAAACAGAUGAUGAGGGAUCACCGCCGCCAGCUGAGGAAGGUUGAGUCCCGUCAGAAAAAAGAGAAGCAGAAGAGCGACCGCAUCCUCAAGACCUUCCAGAGCGCCGUGGAGGCUGUAACACCACGCAGCUCAAUGGUCAUAUCUCCCGGAGGAGCCAAAGAGGAUUCAAGUGGCCCUCAGCACUUCUCUGCAACCCCUCUAAGUUCUUGGCACCACAUUGUCAUGUCCAACAGCGGUCGCUAUUCCGUCACUAAUCUGAGCAAUGAGCACGUCCACCUGCCCAUGUUAGGAGGCAUGACGCCGUACCGCCCCAACAGUUCCCCGGCUAUGCGCUCCUACUCACAGCCUAACCUGCUGGAUGACUCCCCUCGCUCUACUCCAGGCAAGUCCAUCUCUGCCCAGGGUAUACGAUCAGAUCCAGAGAUGGGCUACAGCAAGCUGAGCCCCACUGCUUACCCCCUGACCAGGUCCAGGCCUGCUCUUGAUGCCAAGCAGCCGGUGGUUAAAGCCAAAUCCAAGAAAGUAAAGAAAAAGAAAACCACCAAAUAUAAGGAUAAGGACUCAAAGAGUUCAACUGUCAAGUGA